UCUCUCUUGCUUUCUCUCUCUUGAUUUUCUCUCUCUAGGUUUCUGUGUGUGUGGUGUGUCGUUUCCCUUGGCUUCUAAAACCUCCAGCGGCUCUCUUGGGUUGGUGCCAGCCUCUGAGAAUUCAUGGUUUAGGCCCCAGAAUAUGAACCAGAAACUUCUUCAUGGUCAUCGCCUCCGUGCCUGCUUUUCAGAUCAUAGCUUCUGGUUUGGCGGCUUUUGUCUCCAAGUACAAUGGUUCCCGCGAAACGGCCAAAGACAAUGAAGAAGCGCAGGCUACAACAAAGCCUUCUACUCUCGGAGGAUCAAGAAGAGCACGAGCUGGAUUCUCCGACUCUUUUUCAAGCCAAGACUUGAGAUCUUUAAAUUUGGAUGAGGAUGUCUCAGUAGAUGAGCCCUCUUCAAGAGGAGUUUCCGAGGAUGAAUAUUGUCCGAGAAGCGUAGGAUCCGAAACAUCAUCUCCCAAGGCCAGCACUUCAGACUCGGAUGCAAGAGGUAGCAUUACUACUUCAGACUCGAAUCCAAGAGCCAACCAUCACCGGCGCGGUUUUUUUGGAAUGUUGAAAAAAGGACCCCAAAAUCCCUUCCCAACCUUCCCUCCUAAAGGUUCUAAAAAACCAAAACUCACCAGAAGGAAAACCAAAAGAAUAAGAGAGGAAUUCAUUCCACAGCCCAACUCUCCUGCCCCUAGGUCAUUCGAUGCUGACUUUUGCCGCUUCAAAUCUUCCUGGAAGAAUUACUCAUUCCUAGAGCUCCAAGCCGCAACCAACAACUUCAGCCACGAGAACUUGAUCGGGGAGGGAGGCUAUGCUGACGUUUACAAGGGAACAUUGGAAGAUGGACAGAUUGUCGCAAUCAAAUGCCUGACUCGCGGUACUCAAGAAGAAAUGACUGCAGACUUCUUAUCUGAGCUUGGUGUCAUAGUUCAUGUUGACCAUCCUAAUAUUGCGAAAUUGAUUGGCUACGGGGUUGAAGGAGGGAUGCAUCUUGUUCUACAUUUGUCUCCCCAUGGAAGCCUAUCGUCUAUACUUUAUGGACCGAGAGAGAAUCUGGAUUGGGGCAUCAGAUACAAAGUCGCUUUAGGGACGGCUAAGGGUCUACUGUAUCUUCAUGAAGGGUGCCAGAGAAGAAUUAUUCACAAAGAUAUUAAGGCUUCUAAUAUUUUACUGGCAGAGGAUUUCGAGCCUCUGAUAUCUGAUUUUGGGCUUGCAAAAUGGCUACCAGAUUCAUGGACUCACCAUGUUGUAUCGAAAUUCGAAGGCACAUUUGGAUAUCUUCCUCCCGAGUUUUUCAUGCACGGCAUAGUAGAUGAAAAAACCGAUGUCUAUGCCUACGGGGUGCUAAUAUUAGAGCUCAUCACCGGCAGGCAAGCUUUGGAUAGGUCACAUAAAAGCCUCGUCAUGUGGGCCAAACCUUUGCUCUCUAUGAAUAAUAUGAAUGAGCUAGUUGAUCCAUACCUUGGCGAUGCCUAUGAUUUGAAAGAAAUGAAACGUCUUGUGUUAACUGCUUCGUUUUGUAUACACCAGUCUUCAGUGAAUCGACCGCAAAUGAGCCAGAUAGUCGAAAUUUUAGAAGGAGAUGAAGGCAGUUUGGAGUACGCUACAAAACGUCAAAAGUCUAAACUUCAAAGGACGUAUUCGGAGGAGCUCUUGGAUGCAGAUGACUACAACUCAACCAAGUGUUUAAGUGAUAGAGAGAAACAACUGGAGUUUAUCUUGGGCACUUCUAAUGAGGCCUAAACUUUCUAUGUAUGGGGUGUUGGGGUAGUUGAAUUUGUUUCUUAAGGCCGGAUUCGCAUUGCUCUGAAAUCCGUCCACGGACCAAAAACGCUAGACAGUUUCAGAAGCAGAAAACGAUGAGCAUGCAAGAGAAGGAAGAGAAGAGCAAAGGACGUUUGUGGGAGAUGUUAAUGUUAUAUGUGCUUUGUUAAUUACUCAUCGUCUGUACAAUGAAUGUAAUCGAAAUGACGUCUGAAUGAGAGAAAAGCUUGAAGGGAGAGGGUGAGUGGUUUUAGUGAGCAUGUAUGUACAGCUGCUGGAACAAGUGAGAAGGUGAUUUCUCAUGAAGGGCGAACGUCUUCGAAUGGAGAAAUUUUUGUGACAGAAACACGAGUGUUACAUCACGUGUUUUUAUGUAUGCGGUGGGAAAUUUUAUUUUUUAAGUUAUUAACUAUUUAACAUACA